CAAAACCCCUCCCACCAAAAUGCGGCAACGCGCCCUCGGCGGUGGUGCUCGGGCCGGAGGCGGCCACCGUGUAGGGCCCCAGCAGCCACCAGCGCCGCGAUUCCGCGGCGGCCAUGCCUCAAGGGGCGCCCGACGUCCAUCCGGGGACCCCGCCGUCGGCCGACGAGGUGCCUCCGCUCCACCUGCACUACCGAUCGCCCGCGCGGCGAUACCUCCGCGUCGCGGCCGCGCACCUCCGCGCUCUCUUUCUGCACCCCACUGCUUCCGCCCGGCGACACCUCCGCGUCGCGGCCGCGCACCUCCGCGCUCUCUUUCUGCGCCCCGCCGCUUCCGCCCGGCGACACCGCCGCGCUCUCUUUCUGCGCCCCACUGCUUCCGCCCGGCGACACCUCCGAGCUCUCCUUCUGCGCCCCACCGCUUCCGCCCGGCGACACCUCCGCGCUCUCCUUCUGCGCCCCACCGCUUCCGCGCGCUCCGUACAGAAGCUGCGGCAAGCCCGCGUCCUCCCAUCGGCCCGCGAGCACGGCCUCGCUCUCCACCGACUCAUCGCCACGCCCGGGCUUAUCUCCGGGGAGGAUCUCGCCGCCGGAGCCCACGGCGUGGUCGUCGCGGACGGGUCCCGGCAGGUCAGGUCUGGGUGCCCAGGCUUGGCGCUGAGACCGGCGGCGUCGCCUUCGCGCCCGUCGGCGACGUGGAAGACGCUGCGCCUCAAGAGGCCGCACUCGACCUCCAGGAGGAGGCCGUGGUCGCCAUCGCGGGUGAAGCCGAGGUCGCCGUCCCGGGUGAGGCCGCCGCGCUCGAUGGCCAGGGCGAGGCCGCGGCAGGCGCGGAGGCUGCCGCGCUCGACGGCCAGGGAGAAGCCGCGGCAGGCGCGGAGGCUGCCGCGCUCGACGGCCAGGGAGAGGCCGCGGCAGGUGCGGUGGGGGCCGCGCUCGACGCCCAGGGCGAGGAAGCAGCAGAGGCGGCGGCCGCCGCAGCAGCGAAUGUAGCGGACCUGGAGCUCCGUUUGGCGGAAAUCUACGACAAGAUGGAGCUGAAGCGCCAGUCGAUCCAGGGGUGCGCUGAUGAUCUUCAGAUGCUAAACGAGGGCGCAGCAGAACGGCGAGACUGGAAAUCGCCAGAAGUCAAGAAGCGCAGGAAUACGAUCAUGCGGAGAGCGAACGAGCUACUUGAGAGCUACAACGUUCUCUCGUCCAUGGCUUCAAAAAAGCGACUACAGCUCAUCAAGGCGGGCGUCGCGAACCCCAUUGAUGCUCCGGGACCUCAUCCAAGGUAUCUAUUACCUUGAUCCUUGAGACGGAUGCUUAUUUGGUCGGUGGAUUCAUGCACUUUCAGUGAACUGUUGUUACAAUGCGAGAGCUAAACUGAAUGUUCCUGUCCGUGUUUCUUUUG